AUGGCCAUGGCGGACCAAGCUGCAGCCAAGUUCCCCUCCUACACGCCCUACUGCUCUGCUGGGCCGUAUGUCACGGCUGUGCUGAUACCAUUGGGCAACUGCCGCGCUGUCCCACGAGGCAACAACGCCAGGAUCGUCAGGGCCGGCAAUUCUCGAUUUAUCCGCCUGGACCUUGGGCGGCCAGUGCGCGGGUGUCAGCGCUCGUACCGCUUCCAAUUGGUCAACUUCCGAGGGCGGGUGGUAAGGGGUCCUGUCACUCUCCGCGUGUGCCGCGCUGGGAAGCCGGGAGCCGCCACCUGUGGCCCCGUUACAGUCACAUCCGCAGUGCCCUGCUGCUGA